AUUUCAGCGCCAUUUUGAGAUGUUUUCAACAGCAUUCUACAUCCACAGCAUGUUGGGAUAUUAAAAACUAGUCUGUGCGUAUGUCACAUGUAGACUUGCCUGUAACGUCAGCUGUGUGUGUGUAAUGGGGAGAUGACUGCAGCUGUCCUCUCGGCGAUACGUCUUCUCACGAAGCCUCUGGGCGAGGCGUCGGUGCAUGAUGCUCAGUCCUCACACCAAGAGGCCCUCUCAGCAGCGCUGCGUGCCAACAGAGCCUUCCUCUUAGAGCAGCUUCAGAGUGAGCGCAGCUUUGAGGAGGUGAGGAGACUGAGGGGGGAGGUAAUGGCGGCGACAGACUGGUUCUCCAGCAAUACAGAAGAUGCCACAUGGGGCUUUGUCCAGGAGUGUCUCCUGCUGCUCCUCGCCUUAGCGCGACACCUUUCUGUUGAACUUGAACUUUUCAAGCAGACUCCUGCUCCCUCCACGGCUAAACUACGCACCCCUGAGAUGGCCCCACCUUUACCUCCUGACACCCUGAGUGUCACCCAGCAGAAGACGCUUGGAACCGCUCUUCAGUUUGUGAUUUCUUUGGGGCUCUGCCCCUACCUGGCCCCUGGAGUGGGUGUGCCACUGGGCCGCAGGUCAGCAUUUGGAGUCAUGGUGGAAAAACUUGUUUGCAGUGGGGCAGUGCCAGCAGUGGGCCGCCGCCUUUAUACCACAACAAAUGUCCUGUUGCAGUUGUCAGAGCUGUCAUCUCUCGCCACACUGGUGUUCACACAACAUUUGGGAGAUGUAAUGGCUGCACUGUGCCAGCUUGGAUACCAGCCACACCGGGCAGGGAGUGACACAGAGGAGGAGAAGAUGCAGGAGCUCAGUGCUGAGGAACGUCAAACCUGCAAGGAAGCCCUCAAAAGCCUUCUAGAAAAAGUCUACCAGCCAAUCGUCAUCAAGGAGCUGCUGAUCCUCCAAGGUGGACCCAAACAGCCUGCUGCAGUGAGAAGCUCCAGUGGUCCCAGCAGCAGCAGGGCAGCUCUGGGAUCAGCUCCGGCCUGGCUGAGGCGUCUGUGUGGCCAGCUGCUGUCUGAGCGCCUGAUGCAGCCUAACGGUGUCCAGGCUGUUGUCAGAGCCAUCCUGGGGGGAGGAACAGGGAAUGAGUCAGACUGGAGGAAAUGUGAAAGUGUGGCCAGGAUCCUGGUGACCUGUCCUCAACAGUCCUCAGCAGACAGCUACUACAGACAAGUCUGUCCUCAGAUACUGGACCUCCUGCACUUUAAAGACAAGCUGACAGCCCAACAGAUGCAGCGUGUGGCCACCAGGGCGUUGCUCUCUAUGGUGCAGGAGAAGCCCAGCUUUGGCCAGCAGUACCUGCUCACUCCUGUUCUCGCACCUCUUCACCGCUGCACCAUUGCUUCCAACGAUGGUCAUUCCCAAGCUGCUGUGGAGGAAUGGGAGCUGACACGUUGUAUAGAGGACAUACACAAGGUGGUGGACUUCAUUGUGUCCCUGCUUCAGAGGGCCUGUGUGGGCCUGGAUCAGGCCACCGGUCCAGGUCUUGGGAACCCAGUAGAGAGCCAGACGCUGAGCAUGGGGAUUGGCCUAGUGGCCACACUGCUGUCUGGACCUCAGCUGAGUGCAGAGGACUACUCUUCUAUGUCGAGGCUGCUCCCACCACUGGAGACACUGUCUCAGAUGCACCCUGAGGCUGUCAUCCAGGAGCUGGCAUCCAACCUCAGAGCUGUCAUUGCCACUCACGGUGCCUACCGGCCUGAAAACCUUACUGCUUCUACUCAGCCCUCCAGCAACCCCACUCUUAGGAAAAAUCAAAAGAUGCAAACUGAAGCAAACAACUCACAGAUUAGUCCUCAUCCAUCUCCCCAAGACAGUAAUUCACCUGGCAGCACCCAAAUCAGACACCCAGCAUCCUCUGAAGGGUCUGCAGCAAGAGUAGGUCCAAAAGCUGGAGGGAGGACCUCUGGCACCAGUAACUCUUGCCCCCCUACCAAGACCUUUUCUGAUUGCCUACUGGAGGCUUGUGACCCGGAUGUGCCAACUAGAGCAUUUGCCCUGAGGGUCCUGACCCAGAUGGUGAAAAAGGAAAACCCAGAGGCUGUCCAAGCCCAGGAGAAAGUCCUCGUGCUUUUCUUAGAAAAUUUGGAGCAUGAAGACUCAUUCAUCUACCUGUCAGCCAUUCAAGGUCUGUCUGCAUUGGCUGAUUCCUACCCCGAAAGGAUUCUGGAAAGGCUUCUAAAAGACUUCCAGCAUGGUCCAUCGCUCCCUACAUCCAACAAGGAGCACUCCCUGGAAACCCGGCUCAAAGUGGGAGAAGUCCUGAUGAGGGCGAGCAGGGCUAUGGGGGAACUGGCGCCUCACCUCGGCCGUCCUCUGGUGGCCGUCUUCCUGCAAGGAACCAGAGACCCAGACCAGAGUGUCCGGGCCAGCAGCCUGUCCAACCUGGGGGAGCUCUGUCAGAGACUGGAUUAUGCCCUUGGACCAUUGACUCAAGAG